CAGCUUCUCAGACUGCUGCCUUAGCCCCUCGUGGUAGGUUAGGGUGGCAGGGGGCGUGGCAGCGCCCCGACGUCGCUUCCCGCUCGCCCCUCGCUUUCCCCACGGCACUGCAGUGCGCAGUGGCCACGGGACGCUGUCCCAAGCCGAGCCAGCGGGGACCUGACCGGCUGCGUUCACCUGGCUCCGCUCUUCAGAUAAUUCCUUCAGACCUCUGGCUGGCCAUGUGGCGGGUUCAAGUCCCACAUCAAGCAGUGCAACAACCACCAGAGAACGUCUCCUGUCAUUUGUGAAUGGUUUCACAGCAACCCUGAGCCUGGAAGGAUGGUGUCACAGUCAUCAGGCCAGCAGGAGUCCCCUGUGAACUCCUGGGAAGGGAUCAGCAGUGACUCCAGUGAUGCCAUUGGCUCCUUCUGCCUCCUGGACACUGAACGCCCCCACUGCCAAUUAGAUGUCCAGCUCAGGAGGCACAAAGCUGCCUGGAUUAACCCCCCAUGUGUGCAGCCCCUGCUGCCGCUGCAGGACUUGCCUUCCCGGGUGCCAACAGUGGUGGACAACGCAAACAUCUUGGUGGCAGAUGCCACCCCUCCCGUGAGCCCUUCCCCACUCUCCCUCAGGAACUCUUCUGGAGAGACAGAGUUGUGUGAGGACACUGCAGACUGUGUGGGUGGAGUGUCUGCCCAAGGCUCAGGCAAAAAGAACGAUGACUUCUCCUUGACCUCAACUGGAUGUUCUGGUCAUAUGUCUCUCCUCGCUAACUCCAGGAGUUUGGCCGUGUCUCCUUGUUCCGAGGUUGGUGGUACUUCUUUGGAGCCCUCCCAUCUGCCAGAGGCUGCUGAUCAAGGUGAUGUUCAAGUUACUCGAAGAACUGUUUCUUUGAAUUCCUUCUCACCAGAGGCAUUCAUGCUCCCUGUUGAUGUAGAAAAGGAAAAUGCCCACUUUUAUGUUGCCGAUGUGAUUAUAUCAGCCAUGGAGAAGGUGAAGUGUAAUAUCCUGGGCCAACAGCAGGCAGAGAGCUGGGGUGGAGAGGAGGCCGGCACAUCCUCUGAGCACAGUCGGGCUAACUCUGAAGCAGCAUUUCCUGACACGAAGCAAGAAUCUGGGUCUUCUGCUUCUUCAGACAGUGACCUUGAAGGCUGUGCUAUGUUACAAGUCAGUGCAAUAACAAAAACACCUGCCUUCUCUGAUGUGGUGAAGGAGGCCUGCAAAUGUGACUUCGAUGACUUUGUGAUUUUAGAACUUGGAGAGCUUAAUGACAUCAUAGAAACCUGUAGAUGUUCCUGCAGUUCCACUAGGAGUAUUAAUUAUGAACCAGACUUCAAUGCUGCUGAACUGUUAGCCAAAGAGUUAUACCAAGUAUUCCGGAAGUGCUGGAUGUUGUCAGUGGCUGACUGUCAGCUUACAAGUUCCCUGAAUAGAGCCAGCUCCAUAGUGGUUAAUGAGGAUUGCGUCCGAAAAGACUUUGAAGCCAGUGUGGAUAUAGUAGAAGAAAUUAAGUUGAAAUCUAGGAUCAGAGAGACUGAAGGCUGGGCCCCACCGAGAUUUCAAAUCAUACUUACUGUUCAUCCAUCACUCAAGAGGGACCUGGUGAUAGCAGCCCAGAAUUUCUUCUGUGCUGGCUGUGGUACUCCAGUGGAGCCGAAGUUUGUGAAGCGGCUCCGGUACUGUGAGUACCUGGGGAAGUAUUUCUGUGACUGCUGCCACUCCCAUGCCGAGUCCUGCAUCCCUGCCCGGAUUUUGAUGAUGUGGGAUUUCAAGAAGUAUCAUGUCAGCAACUUCUCCAAACGGCUGCUUGACAGUAUAUGGCCCCAGCCCAUUUUCAAUUUGCAGAGCCUCAGCCACAGCCUCUAUGUGAAGGCCAAGGAGCUUGACAGAGUGAAGGGAAUCCAGGAGCAGCUUUUCCAUAUUAAGAAGCUGUUGAAGACUUGCAGGUUUGCGCACAGUGUAUUAAAGGAGUUUGAGCACGUUCCAAGACACUUGACUGAUGAGCUCCACCUGUUCUCCCUAGAGGACCUGGUCAAGAUCAAGAAGGGGCUGCUGGCUCCCUCCCUCAAGGACAUCCUGAGAGCUGCCCUCACGCAUGUGGCCGGCUGUGAGCUGUGCCAAGGAAAGGGCUUCAUCUGUGAGUUUUGCCGAAGCACAAGUGUCAUCUUCCCAUUUCAGACCACCACGUGCAGAAGAUGUUCAGUGUGCAGGGCUUGCUUCCACAAGCAGUGCUUCCAGUCAUCCCAGUGCCCCCGGUGUGCCAGGAUCACAGCCAGGAGAAGACUUCUGGAAAACUUGCCCUCUGCAGCAACAUAAUGGCCCUGGUGUUGUGAAACGAGACUUCGACAGGCCUUACGAUAACACCGAUUUGUGUCUAGUAUUAAAUAUAUAUU